CGUAUCCUUUUUCCUUCAAUGACACCAAAGCCCCUGUGGGUAGAGCUUGUGACCUGUCUCACGCUUGUUGUCAUAAAGGUGCUCAAACUAAGGUAGAUAUGAGCACCCAGUGGGAAGAUCCAACAGAGAUGUUUGCUGCUAUAGAUGCUGCUGUGGCGGCAGCACACAUUUCCCCACAAUUCAUUCCUCAGAUUAAGAGAUACCUUGUUACAGAGAGCACACAAUAUCAGCAGCAACCGUACCCUAACCCACCAUUAAAAGUUCAAGAAAAGCAACCAUUUUUACAUCGGCAACCAUCACAGACAUGUCAUAUCAUUCAGUCUGAUGCAGUCUCACCUGCACUGCAGUCCAACCAGUUGUCUGCAGCAAGAUCCCACAGCUACUUGCAGCAAUCACCACUCAACGUCAGCUAUGACACCCAUCUGCAAAAAUUUAUUUCCCAGAAUUCUUUGAAUUUUGAGCAGUCUCAAACACAACCACAAGUACGACAAGUUUCUCCAACUGUACUAAACCAAAGUUCUAAAACUUUUCAAGUGAAACACGUUUCGCAGGUUCUCCAGGCAGACACCGCAUUUUCUUCACCUGUAACAUCACAAACAGUGGGUUUAACCAGUACAACGUACCACAACUUUCCUAUACCUAAUUCUGGCGGAGUCAGCUCUACAUCACACUCUUUUUUCUCUAAUAAUUAUAACAUGCAAGUUCCUGUUGCUCAAAUGGGUCAGCUUACAAGUGGAGCCCAGAUGACACCCUUCCUUCUUGUACCCAUGACUGCUCAGAAUUUGAAAGGCUUGUCUGGUCAUCAAACAAAGACCAGAAAAAGAAGGAGAAAACAAAAUCGGACACCAGACACAAGUCACCUUCAAAGUCAGAGGCAGACACAAGAGGAAGUAAGCGGUCCCAACAAGGGCUCAAACUCUUCAUCUAAAUCUAAGCCAAAUGCAGGUAAUUGGAUUCCACCGAUGCCAAAGUCCAAUGUGGUAUUAAGUGAUGCCAGAGCUGAUUCUAACAGUGAUCAAGAUGGUUUCAUUGGAUUGGAUCUUGAUCCACGGGUGCCUAGGUCCGAUGUUGUAUUGAGUGGUGGCAGAGCUGAUUCUAACAGUGAUCAAGAUGGUUUCAUUGGAUUGGAUCUUGAUGUCAGCUGUGUUGAAGAAAAUGAAAAUUCUGGUGACUCAUUCAAGAAUGCUGAAACAGUUGGACAAAAUAAUACUGAUAGCUCAACAGACAGUGUUGAUUGUACCGAUUACAUUUAUAUUGAGUGA